CUCAUCUCAAUUUGACUUUGCUUAUCGUCAUCGAUUGUUUUAUUAUUGUUGCUUAAGAUUGUAGUUUCAUGAGGCUUUUGCAUUCGCUAUUGGCUUUAUUCGGUUAUAUUUACAUGCAAAUUAUGGGGUUUUCCCCUAGAUGAACUCUUAAUUGGAUCCAAUAACCUUUCAUUUUUAAUUAGGUUUCAUAAUUCUUUUCAAAAUUUUCAUUUUAUGAUAUAUUUUUUUCUUUUAAGAAGUUUAACCUAAUUGUGAUUUUCCAUUUUUUAACUGCAGAAUAAUUUUUCUAGGUUUUAUUUUCCUUUGUUAUUUGAUUGCUAUUCUGUCACACUUCUUGCUGCUUCAGAAAGGAACUAACAUAGUUGGUCCUUGUUCUUCUUCUGCUACUUCUUAUGAAAUAGCUUUUGAAGUUUAAGUUCGGCCAUUUUCCCUUUAAGGUUGACAGAAUGAGAGGAAAAGGGUCAAGAGCUGAGAACUACUUUGUUUUGAAUACUGGAGCCAAGAUUCCAGCUAUAGGGCUUGGGACAUGGCAAUCCGAAGGCGACAUCUGCAUUGAAGCUGUGACAGCAGCAUUAAAGGCUGGAUAUCGACACAUAGAUUGUGCACAUCUAUAUGGAAAUGAGGUUGAAGUAGGCAAAGCACUGGCAGAAGCCUUUGAUGGCGGACUUAGGAGGGAAGACUUGUUCUUGACUUCUAAGCUGUAUUUUCCUUCUAAUUCUUAUAGGAGGGUUGAGAAUUCUGUUAGAGUUUCUCUUGAAAGUCUUGGUGUGUCCUAUUUAGAUUUGUAUCUUGUACAUUGGCUUGAGAGUUCAGCUCUGGAAGAUGCCACAGACCCUCCUUUGAAAUCAGGGAAUCAAUAUAAGCAGUUCUUGCAGCGGUUGAAACCGACAUGGAAAGCUAUGGAAGACUUAGUGGAGAUGGGCCUUGUUCGUGCCAUUGGCAUUAGCAAUUUCACUAUUCCUCAAAUCAAUGAACUACUUCAGUUUGCUAAAAUUGUUCCGGCUGUUAACCAGGUGGAGUUGCAUCCAUUCUGGAGGCAGGAUGAACUUGUAAAGUUUUGCCAACAGAGUGGUAUUCAUGUUUCAGCUCAUACUCCUCUGGGAGUGCCUGCAAGUAAUCCUAGCAUGAACACAGGUUCUGGCUUUUCAGAUAGUGGCUCAGAAGAUGAGCCUGGAACUCCUAGAAUAGCUUUCAGAAGAUCGAGAUCGGUUCAUGGACCAAUGCUGAAGCUUUCUGUUGUUGGAGACAUUGCCGAACAUCAUAAGAAGACACCUGAACAGGUGAUUUUGAGAUGGGGAUUACAAAGAGGCACUAGUGUCUUACCUUGCAGCCUAAAGCCUAAUAGAAUUAUAGAGAACAUUGAUAUUUUCGAUUGGUCGUUGUCAGACGAAGAGUGGAAUCGACUCAACAGAAUAGAGCCCCAGAUCUGCCUAUUUGGAAAUUGGCCAGUUAACACAUCUGAAAGCGGGUUGCUUUCUGGAAGGGGUCCUCUUCAGGCUGUGCACGAGGUUGAAGAUGAUGACACUGAAGACAGCUCUUGACUUCUUGCAUGUAAUGAUGAAUAUCUUUACAGAAUUCCUUUAUUUACCAAGAGAAGAAUAUAUAUAUUAAUGAGAUUUCUGCUGAAACCAUAAUAUGUUACUGUGAUGUCUAUAUGUCAAAUGAAAAUAAUUAAUUUUUUC